AGCUACUAGCUACUACUAGUAUAGUGUAGUAGAACGGGUCAUUUUCUGAACAUUUGUCUAUCGUUUGUUUUAAAGUUUUAUUAUUUAAAUCCCUUAAGUGAACACACAUUAGUAAAAUGGACGACGAUUUACCUACCGACUUCCAGGUCAUCGUCGUUGGAACUGGUAUGGUGGAGUCGAUUGUAGCUGCCGCCUGCAGCAGAAUAGGGAAGAAUGUUCUUCACUUAGACUCUAGCGAUCACUAUGGUGGGCUCUGGGCAUCAUACAAUUUUGAUGGGCUGCAGAAAUUCAUCAAAGAAGUCAACGCUGAUCCUAAGCGUCAGCAGCAGGUCUACAAUGUAUCUGAAAAUUGGUAUAUUGAAAAGGAUGCACCACAAGAAGAAGAGAAGAAAGAGGAAGGGGAAGAAUCAAAAGAGCCAGCCAAGAAAAUUUGGAGCCAAGCAAGUUUUGCGGCCGAAUACAGGAAGUUCAACAUUGACAUGACUCCCAAGCUGCUGUUCUCCCGCGGGCCGCUGGUGGAGCUGCUCAUCUCGUCCAACAUCGCGCGCUACGCGGAGUUCCGCUGCGUGACGCGCGUGCUCACGUGGCUGGACGGCAAACUGGCGCCCGUGCCAUGCUCGCGCGCCGACGUGUUCGCCACCGAGGCCGUCGGCAUCGUCGAGAAGCGACAGCUCAUGAAGAUGCUCACCUCGAUCGUCGGGUAUAAUGAGGAGGAGAUGAACAACGAGUUUAAGGACUGGAACGACAAGACGUUCAAGGAGUACCUGACGCACAAGGGACUGACGCCGACUCUGAUCCACUACGUGUUGUUCGCGAUCGCGGGCGGCGACAACAACAUGCCGUGCCUAGAGGGCGUGCGCGAGUGCAAGAAGUUCCUGAUGAGCCUGGGGCGUUACGGGAACACUCCUUUCCUCUGGCCCAUGUACGGCAGCGGCGAGCUGCCUCAGUGCUUCUGCAGAUUGUGCGCGGUAUUCGGCGGCGUGUACUGCCUGAACCGCCCCAUUGACAAGGUGGAGUCGAAGACGGUAGACGAGGGCAAGACGCAAGUCACCAUCGCGAGCAAGUCCAAGACGCUGACCUGCGACCACCUCGUCAUCGGCAUCAACGACUGCCCGAAGGAACUCCUCUCCGACGAACCGGGAGAGCGCUGUGAUAUCUCUAAGGGCGUGUUCAUCACGAACGCGUCCAUGCUGGCGAGCGAGAAGGAGCCGCUGACGCUGCUGCGCUUCCCGCCGCUCGGCGACUCGGAGCACGCCGUCACCGUGCUCGAGGUGGGGCCCGCCACCGGCUCCUGCCCCAAGGGACUGUUCGUGGUAUACUUCAUCGCGAACAAGGUGAAAGACGCGGAGAGCGACCUCAUGCCGUACGCCGAGAAGAUCUUCCACAUGGGCGCCGGCGAGUCCCCCGGCGACAAACCUAAGUGCCUGUGGUCGCUGCUGUACAACGUGGCGGACACGGGCGCGGGCGCGGCGAGCGGCGCGGCCGGCGUGCACGUGUGCGCGGGGCCCGACGCCGGCCUCGACUUCGACCGCGCCGUGCUGCAGGCGGAGCAGAUCUUCAAGCAGAUCUGCCCCGGCGCUGAGUUCCUGCCGCGCGCGCCCGACCCGGAGGAGAUCGUGUUCGAGGACGGCGCCGCGCCCGGGCCCGAGUUCGAGCGCGGCGGCGACGACGACCAGCACUAGCCGCGCCGGCGAGGGCGAAGCCGGGGCCGGGGCCGCCGAGGCCGGGGCCGAGGCUGGGGCCGGGGCCCGCUUCCGGUUGUGCCGUUCUCGACGACGUUCAUCGUUUUGUUGUCAAAAUGUUCUUGCUCGGAAAUCCCCGUUCUUCUCAUAAAUAUUUCUUCCAGUAAACGGAGAACGUUCUCGAGAACGGCCCUACUCUAGUCCCGCUGGCGUGUUUGUGUCGCCCGCACGUGGCGGUCUGUGAGAUUUACUUAUUUGUAAUUAUUUUCGGAUUUUAGUGAAUGUAUUCAUAUUAGAUAAAAUCUCGAUUUGUGGAGUCACGAGAUUUUUAUUUCGUAGAAAACUUGUGGAUUCUUUUAUAAAAAAACCUUUAUAUUAAAAUAUUAAUAAUUUAGGCAUGUUAUCUACGAAAUGAUAAUUUUGCAACGUGACAUAAAGAAACUGGAGAAAUGUUACAUUAUUCUAAACCAAUUCUAAUUAUCAUUCUAAAGCUAAUCCGAAGGACUGUCCGACAUCUCAUACAUUGUUUGGCUCACUAAAAACUAAAACGCACUAAACCCGUUACAGUUCCAACCGUAACUAAUAAUUUGGUUUAAUUAUUGAUGUCAUUUUCAACUUUAUCAAACUUAAAUUCGUACGAAACGGUUAUUAACUCGAUAGUAGUAGCUCAAUGUUAAUUUUGACGUGCGAUUAUUAUUUGGUGGGACUAACAAAUAUUAGAUUUCUUAAUUAUGAAAAAAUGAUCUCUUACUCAUUUUUAUAGUUUGUUAGACAAGUGCUUGGCUGCUAGGUCGGCAAACUUUUUAGAAAAAGAGCCAAACUCAGCAAUAAUUACCAAUAAAAUGUAGCUCAAAGAGCCACAAGUAAGAACUCUCAAACUGUGGCUUAAACAGCCGCAGUUUGCCGACCCCUGGACUAGUGGACUUGAUUAUUGUUAAAAUAAAAUUUUAAAUGAGGCUAAAGCAUGUGCUCCGGGAAAGGUUAGCUAUUCGAAAUUCAGCAUAUUCUUUUUACCUUACAAGUUAUAAACAAUUGUAUUCACAAUUUUUAAGUUUAUUUCCUUGGAGGGCAUGCGUAUUGAUAUCAAUUGGCUGUUUUAUUAAGAUUGUUUUAUGUUAAUUUUAUACGAAUUUUACUGUGGGAUUUACGGCUCGACGAGCUCUUACAAGCUAGAGUUUAGAAAUAUCAACAAAUCGACUAUACAAUUAUAUUGAACUCGAUAUUAUAUUUAGUUAUAGGUUGUGUCCUAACAAAUAUUCAUAUCAAAAGUGUUAAAUGUUAAUCGACAUAAACACAACAGCGGGCGUGCAGUACAUUUGAGCGUAACCCAGUUCGGUUCCGAUUUUAGUAUUUUGAAUACAUUGAUACGCUCAAGGGUGCUGACUAUAAUUAAGGUAUAAAUAAUCUCGGUAAGACUUUGAUGCUUUCAACGCUUUUAUUGAUGCAUUCCGACUGGUGCGUUAGGUCGACGGCGACGCGCAAGGCACGCUGGGUAGAACAACGUUUUAAGACAAAAGUACAUCUUGAAUUAGGUACUUAUUUCGGUAGCUAUUUCGACAAUUACUUACUAUAUAUUAUAAAGCAUUUGCUUUGUUUUUCUCAUCAUUUUCGUAAAUAUUUGUGUUGCAUCUCCUUCAGUAUUUAUAGAAAAAUAAAAUAGAUGCAACAGUGUUACCGCAACCCGAAUAUUUAGUAAAUAGUGUGUUGUGCGCCGCGUUGAGACUUGACAGAAUGAUUGUAGACUGAUUUACCAAGUUUACUGCGACAAAAAAAUACGAGAUAAAAUUUGGUUGCAAUGAUUGAUAGGUUGUCGGCUUUUUAAAGCAUUAGGAAAACGUUAAGACUCCGCUACACCUAAUGCGUCAAUGAACUGCGGAUUGCAAUGCGAAGAAGAGGAUUGUCAGUGUGAUGUACGCCCGAGGGGCUCCACGACUCGCUGCUUCUCUUGAGCGGUAGGUUUGGCCGAGGCUUUAAUUUAUGUUUACAGGUGACUUGGUAAGAAACAUAGUAUUUAAAGUGGCGACGCAGGGUCAAGCGGGAAGCUGGCUACGUUAUCUUGAUACGAAAUAGCAAGAUGAACAUGUAGCAACUAAUAGUAUUUAUAAAGUCGAAUCAGAACUUCAGUAUAGUCAGCAUCAGAAGUUGCUAAACGGGCGAGGAACUCAAAAUGAUGUGAGCACAACUUUAUUGUUAAGGUUUUAAGAGCAUUUGCAGAUCUUUUUGACGCUUACCUGCUUUUGAUGCUAACUGUACGCUAACGAAAUAAUCAAAUAUUAUUUUAAGAUAUAACUUUUAAGCGUUAUUUAUUCUGAAUACUACAAAAGUGUUUUCAUCACACUUGCUCAAAAAAGAUCUUUUUCAUGCAAGUCUACUGAACGACAAAGGCUUAUAUUGUUCCCGCGGGGGUUAUGGAUUGUCAAAAAACUUUUUUUUAAUUAUAUCACUAAUUCAGACAAACCAAGUAGCAUAAAUGAGUUUUACUAUAAAAAUACUGCCGUUUAAAAUAUUUUUACAUAAUUUUCAAUCGUGGCUGAAUGCCGAAUAGGUCUGUGCCUUCGGUGCCUAACCUGUCAACAAAUGACAAUAUGGCGGACGAAUGUUUGAUAUGUCACCGUAUUUAAUAAUAAUAAUUCCGCUUAAAAUUUAGUUUUUUCUUCGUAAGUGUGAUGAAAAACUUUGUGUGUAACUCUGGGGGUAAGAAUAUUGCAAACUCGGGUCUUUAAUUCCCUCCAGCCUGCGGCUGUCGGGAAUUACCACCCUCGCUUCCGAAAUUUCACUUACCCCCCUCGUUGCACAGUGUACUAUUAUUUAUAGUUUAGUCUUAUCAAUAUUGAUAGCACCUACAUUCGUAAACACUUCUGCGUGUCUUAAAUGUGUACUUCAUAUUUAUGUUCAGUAUUAAACUCUGAAAUUUUAUAUUAUUUGAAUUGUCAUCAGAAUUGAAAGUUCAAGUAAGUGUAAUCGGUACUGUUGUGAGGUUAAACUGUGCAAUUAUCGUAGUUAUAAGGACUAGGCAGUUCUGAAAUGUUAACAUUUUGAACGCACCAGUGUUAAGAAAAGAUCACUACUGAUUAUUUUAAAUGAAAAGCACGUUUAAUCGAUAUUUAUUGUCAAACGAGCAUAACCAUGCCUUCGCUGCUUGUGCAUUUAUAAUUCAAAUAAAUUGUGAUUAAUAGUA